CGAUGACGUCGUACCCUCUGAGCAAAGGUUCACUCCGCUGGGAAACACCUCACUGGACGCUUCUUAUCUCCUUCCAACCUUUAGAAUAUAUGCUCACACACUCGUAGCUGACUCCUAAAUUAUCUCUUCCGCCUCUUUUCGGUUUAACCAACAGUUGCGUUCAGGUGUCACAUCGUGACAUUUUGCUGUUCAUCUCUUUUUCGGGUCUUUAUUGUUACAAUUCUCCAAUCGGCGCGUGCUAACGUUAGCUCAACGGCUAGCCAACCAUUCACUCUUCAAGGAAAAUCAUCCUUUAAUCGACACAGUGGUACCCAUGGAUCAAGCAGUAGUCACGGCGGAACUACCAAAGACCCCCUGGGGCUUUGUGGUCAAGCAGCCUCCGGCCUGCUCUCUGACCGAUGUGAUGAGCGAACAGCUGGCUAAACAGCUGGAGGAGGAGAACAGCACCUUCCCCUCACUCCACGAUCCCGGAGCAGACCUCCUGCUGUCAGAUGAAGCCCCUGAAACCACCAGCGACUUGAUGCUUGCUAAGAUGCUUCAGAUGCAGUUCGACCACGAGUUUGACGAGCAGCUCCGCCGGGAGGAGAAGAAGUUUAACGGAGACAGUAAAGUUUCCAUCUCCUUUGAGAACUACCGCAUGGUCCACCCGUACGAGGACAGCGACAGCUCAGAGGACGAGGUGGACUGGCAGGACACCAGACACGACCCCUACAGGGCAGCGAAGCCCCAGACGACCCCGAGGAGAGGCUUCACCGGGAAGGGAAAGAACAUCACCACCAAACACGACGCCGUGACCUGCGGACGCAAGAACACGGCGCGCAUGGACAACUUUGCUCCUGAGGUCCACGUGGGCGACGGGUUGGGCAUGGACCUGAAGUUGUCCAACCAGGUGUUCAACGCCCUGAAGCAGCACUGCUACAGCGAGCAGAGACGCAGCGCCCGGCUGCACGAGAAGAAGGAGCACUCCACCGCCGAGCAAGCGGUGGAUCCUCGCACCCGCCUGCUGAUGUACAAGAUGGUGAACGCCGGCGUCCUGGAGAACAUCAACGGCUGCAUCAGCACCGGGAAAGAGUCGGUGGUGUUCCACGCCAACGGGGGAAGCCUGGAGGAGCAGCCGGUUCCACAGGAAGUGGUCCUGAAGGUCUUCAAGACGACCCUCAACGAGUUCAAGAACCGGGACCGCUACAUCAAAGACGACUACCGCUUCAUUGACCGCUUCAGCAAGCUGAACCCGCGCAAGGUCAUCCGUCUGUGGGCGGAGAAGGAGAUGCACAACCUGUCCAGGAUGAAGAAGGCGGAGAUCCCGUGUCCGGAGGUGGUGCUGCUUAAGAAGCACAUCCUGGUGAUGUCGUUCAUCGGCAGAGACCACGUCCCUGCCCCCAAACUCAAGGACGUGCAGCUGAGCUCAGAGGACAUGAAGAACGCCUUCUACCAGGUCCUCCACGUGAUGCAGCAGUUGUAUCAGGAGUGUAACCUGGUGCACGCCGACCUCAGUGAGUACAACAUGCUGUGGCACGAAGGAAAGGUGUGGCUGAUCGACGUGGGUCAGUCCGUGGAGCCGACCCAUCCUCACGCCCUGGAGUUCCUCUUCAGAGACUGCAGGAAUGUUGCCACGUUCUUCCAGAAGAGAGGAGUCAGCGAGGCGAUGAGUGUUUACGAGCUUUUCAACAGCGUGAGCGGCCUGAACCUCCCGGUGGGUGAAGAAGAGGCCGAGUUCGUAUCUGAGAUCGUGGCGUUGGAGAAGAGGAACGAGGACCACGUCCAGCGGCGAGGGAAGAAGACCUUCUCCGUGUCCUCUGAGGACGGCGGCCCUCCGCUUCAGCCCGACUCCGACGACUAGCCCCCCGCCCCCCGCCCCCCCCCCUCGCUCUCUCUUCACGACCCCACCGUGUUGAAAACAAGCUGUAAAGGAGGAGGCCCCCCCUCCUCCAACCGCUUCCUUUAAACGGGCCGACCGAGCUCCUCCCCCCUGGCCGCAAGAGGGCGGAGCUUCGGCGGCUCGGGUGUUUGAAGUCAGAGCGUCCUGAGAGGCACCGAGGGGUUUCCAUGAAGCCGAGACCACGGCGCCACGUGUUUGACCAGCGAGCCGCCAGCAGAGCUGCCGUCCGGCACCAGAGGUCCAUGCUUCAAAUCAAAGUCGCUUCAUGCUUCAGCUUCAGCAAAGAACUUAAAAAGAGAGCAAAUAUACACCAAAAAAUGUCUAAAUCUGUUGUACGUCAUUAUUAGUGAAACGAUAAAUGUUCUUCAAUCUCAAAUGAUGUCAAAGAACCAAAUUCCUUCUGAUGCCAAUUAUUAUUCUAUAAAAUGAUGACCUCAAAUAAACUUUAAAGAUUAGUUAUGAAGAAAGAAACAUUUUGUUUUUGCAGCUAAAAAGCACAAGAAACGUUAUAUCUCGUUCAUUAUUCUGUUUUUCGCCCUCCCGUUGUAGGGAUCAAACAUGGCGGGAGGGGGUCAAAGGUCACAGCUGUUUGGAGUGUUUAUUAGUAACUGGUGAAAUUGAAGCAAAGAAGAAACAGAUUUGGAUGUUUGUGUGAUUAAGUUUUAAGCUUUUAGUUUGUUGGACUUUAAUUGAUCAUAUCGGUGUUUUUAUCUUAAUGGAUAGAAAUAUUUACGUCCUGCAGUGAUGUUAUGGUGGAUUUAUUGUAAUGAAUUUGCUGUAAAACAUUAAAUGGAGAGCAUGACAACUUU